AUGGCACUAUUGAUUAUACUGAUUACCUGUUUUGUGAUUCCUCUUGCUACUUCCCAGACUUGCCAGACCCCUGACGACUUCGUGGCUGCCACUUCUCCAGGGCAUGUCAUAAUUGGAGGUUUAUUUGCCAUUCAUGAAAAAAUGCUGUCCUCAGAAGACUAUCCCAGACGACCAGAAAUCCAGAAGUGUGUUGGGUUUGAAAUAUCAAUUUUUCUUCAAACUCUUGCCAUGAUUCACAGCAUUGAGAUGAUCAAUAAUUCAACACUAUUAUCUGGAAUCAAACUGGGGUAUGAAAUCUAUGACACUUGUACAGAAGUCACAGUGGCAAUGGCAGCUGCUCUGAGGUUUCUUUCUAAGUUCAACAGCUCCAGAGAAAUCAUGGAGUUUAAAUGUGACUAUUCCAGCUACAUGCCAAGGGUUAAGGCUGUCAUAGGUGCUGGCUACUCAGAAAUAACCAUGGCUGUCUCCAGGAUGUUGAAUUUACAGCUUAUGCCACAGGUGAGUUAUGAAUCAACUGCAGAAAUCCUAAGUGACAAAAUUCGCUUUCCUUCAUUUUUACGGACUGUGCCCAGUGACUUCUAUCAAACUAAAGCAAUGGCCCACCUGAUUGAGAAGUCUGGAUGGAACUGGAUUGGCAUCAUAGCCACAGAUGAUGACUAUGGACGAAUGGCCCUCAACACUUUUGCAGUUCAGACCACAGCAAAUAAUGUGUGCAUAGCUUUCAAAGAAGUUCUCCCAGCCUUCCUCUCAGAUAAUACCAUCGAAGUCAGGAUCAAUGAGACACUUGAGAAAAUCAUAGCAGAAGCCCAGGUUAAUGUCAUUGUGGUAUUCCUGAGGCAAUUCCAUGUUUUCAAUCUCUUCAGUAAAGCUCUAGAAAGGAAUAUAAAUAAGACAUGGAUUGCCAGUGAUAACUGGUCAACGGCCACCAAGAUUACAACCAUUCCUAAUGUUAAAAGGAUUGGCAAAGUUGUAGGGUUUACCUUUAGAAGAGGGAAUAUGUCUUCCUUCCAUUCCUUUCUUCAAAAUCUGCAUAUAUUUCCCAGUGAUAAUAACAAAGUCUUAAAUGAAUAUGCCACACUCUUGUCUGCUUGUGCGUAUGUCAAGGACAGUGAUUUGAGUCAGUGCAUUUCCAACCAUUCUCAGGGGACUUUGGCCUACAAGGUUAACAAGGAUAUAGAAAGGAACUUCUCCCUGAGAAAUGAUUUCCUGUGGGAUUAUACUGAGCCAGGCCUUGUUCACAGUAUCCAGCUUGCAGUACUUGCUCUUGGUUAUGCCAUUCGGGAUCUCUGCCAAGCUCGCGACUGUCAGAACCCCAACGCCUUUCAACCAUGGGAGUUACUUGAUGCACUAAAAAAUGUGACAUUCACUGAUGAAGGGAAUUCAUUUCAUUUUGAUGCUCACGGGGAUAUGAAUACUGGAUAUGAUGUUGUGCUCUGGAAGGAGAUUGAUGGUCACCUGACUAUCACCAAGAUAGCACAAUAUGAUCUGAAGAAUGAUGUCUUCGUCAUCACAGACCAAGAAACAAAAAAUGAGUUCAGAAAUCUUAAGCAAAUUCAGUCUAAAUGCUCCAAGGAGUGCAGUCCUGGGCAAAUGAAGAAAACUACAAGAAGUCAACAUAUCUGCUGCUAUGAAUGUGUGAACUGUCCUGAAAAUCACUACAGUAACCAGACAGAUAUGGAUCACUGCCUUUUAUGUAACAAUGAAACUCAGUGGGCCCCUGUAAGGAGCACAGCAUGCUUUGAAAAGGAAGUGGAGUAUCUCAGUUGGAAUGACUCCUUGGCCAUACUGCUCCUGGCCCUCUCCCUACUAGGAAUCAUGUUUGUUCUGGCCAUUGGCAUAAUAUUUACAAGAAACCUGAACACGCCUGUUGUGAAAUCGUCCGGGGGAUUGCUGGUCUGCUAUGUGAUCCUUCUCUGUCAUUUCCUCAACUUUGCCAGCACGGGCUUUUUCAUUGGAGAACCACAAGACUUCACGUGUAAAACCAGGCAGACGUUUUUUGGUGUGAGCUUCACUCUCUGCAUCUCCUGCAUUUUGGUGAAGUCCCUGAAAAUUCUGCUAGCCUUCAGCUUCGACCCCAAGUUGCAGAACUUCCUGAAGUGCCUCUAUAAACCCAUCCCCAUCAUCUUCACUUGCACAGGUAUCCAGGUUGCCAUUUGCACAAUCUGGCUAAUCUUUGCAGCACCUGCUGUGGAAGAGAAUGUCUCCUUGCCCAGAGUCAUUAUCCUGGAAUGUGAGGAGGGAUCCAUCCUUGCAUUUGGCAUCAUGCUGGGCUAUAUUGCCAUCCUGGCCUUCAUUUGCUUCAUAUUUGCCUUCAAAGGCAGGAAACUACCCGAGAAUUACAAUGAAGCCAAAUUCAUAACAUUUGGCAUGCUCAUUUAUUUCAUAGCUUGGAUCACAUUCGUCCCCGUCUAUGCUACCACAUUUGGUAAAUAUUUACCAGCUGUGGAGAUUAUCGUUAUUUUAAUAUCGAACUAUGGGAUCCUGUGUUGCACAUUCUUCCCCAAAUGCUAUGUUAUUCUUUAUAAGCAGGAGACUAACACAAAAUCUGCCUUUCUCAAGAUGAUUUACAGUUACUCUUCCCACAGCGCAAGCAGCCUUGCCAUGAGUCACGUUUCCCUGGACUCCUCUAGCAGCAACAUCACAGCGACCAAUCCCAGCUCCGGUGGCAGGCCUGCAGCCUGGCAGGAAAGCAGGGAUAUCCGGGCACAGGCAUUUGCACACACACGCAGAGAAAACGCUGCAAGUAUGUCUAAAACUUGGCCUCGGAAAAGAAUUUCAAGUAUUUGA